AUGUCCCCUUACAAAUCGUUGUCCUUACAAGCCGAAACACCAUGUCUCCAGAGAUGCAAGAUCCCAGCAACAGGAGAUCCUCCUGUGACCAGUGCAGUACAACGACCCGCAAUUUCCGCUCAUAUCCGGGGACAAAAGAAGCUCAAAUGUGAUGGCGGGUACCCGUAUUGUGGAAGAUGUUCCAGUAUAUCAGAGACGUGCAUAUACUCAGCCAAGCUGCCCAUGGGAAGACCCAAAAAGAGAAAAAUCAGCGAGGUCCCUCACAGCAGUGCCGAGAGCAGGACCUCACCGUCAACUUUGGCUACAAGUAUCACAAGCGAGACGGGGAGUGAAGUUGGGCGGAGGUCAAGUUUUGAUAACUGUCAACACAUGUCGGAUGAUACAACGCUGGAGAUGUCUCUUGGACCAGAUACAAACGUUGAUCCCACGCUAUUGGCUUUCGAGACAGACCCCGGUCAGCAAAGUUGCGCGUGUCUUGCAAAUCUAUACCUUUCGUUAGAAGAAAUCCGAAAAGCAGAUGACUUGCCCUUUACAUCUCGAUUAUCAGUGUUGCGUCAUUUGACAACCACAGCAGGAGGAAUUAUUCAGUGUCAAAUAUGUCCCACCAAGUUUCUCUGGGCGAUGCAGAACGCUCAGCUUCUUAACACUUUGAUCAUAUCCCUGGGAGAGGGGUACAAGAAGAUUGUGAAAUCUGUUGAGGACGAGAUGAUACGGGCUCAAGAAGCGAAAGAAGCAAAGAUUUUGACUAUUACCGAAGACCAACAGCCUGGCACGCCGGGAUUCCAAAUGAACCUGGAUCCAGAAGAUUGGCAGAACAUUGCAAACAAAGCCAUCAAAGCGGAGCUGUUUGGCACGAAACACUCCACAACGACGUCGUUUGUGGAAAUGCUGCAGUGGAUGGAGGAUAGACAAAAUGCAUGGCACUCAGGGCAUACUCAUCUUCCUCCAGGGAUUGGGACCCGUAUGCACCAUCAGAUGCAUGAGAAGGAACCGCAUUGUGUUUCGGUUGUGAAGCAUACUAGGGAUAUGCACAGGGAGACUGACUCAUUCCCCCACAUAUGUUGGGUCAGGAGUUGGAAAGCUAUGCAAGAGUUAGAUCAGACAAAGAGAAAUUGCUUAUGGCCGUUCACCGAUGCACCUCACUACAGCCUCAUGGGAAUUCUGAUCAAGGUAUUGCAUUGCUGGCACUUGAAAGACGCAGCCACUUAUGGGGUACUUGCCAAGGAGUGGAUGGAUAGAACAAACCUCACUCCUAGCAAAUGGUGUUCGAGAGUUGAGCCUCAUUGGCCUAACCAGUAUUUACCUGAGGCGAAGGAGGCCUCGACCUCGGUUAUGCUCACCAGUGAGAGCACGACGCAGAGCAAACAGCCCGACAACCUCUCACCCACAUCCCGACCACUGAUCUCAGGUAUGGAGUUAUCUCCCGAGAUCAACCAGGCUUCGGCUCGGGCCGUUGGUCUGACUGGAAGCACUGCAUUGUCCAUCAACAGAAGCGAAUCAUACGUUAGUUCUGGAGCCACCUUUAUUGGUGAUGGCUAUCAACACAACGGAAAUCAUACCCAGUACAACGACAAUUCACUCAACUUGGCUCCCACAUUCGCAUUCAAUCUGAAUAUCUACCUGGAUUCAGCAAUGUUGUGUUCUCUGGUGCAGUAUGGACCCCCGCAUCCGCUGGAAAGGAAAUGUACGACCAGCGGCCUGGAUAAUAUACUGAUAUUGGCUCAGGUUCAUAAUCUUAUCAAGACUUGCCAAGCCUAUACAAGUAUUGGGAUUAUGAGGGAUUUAGCCGAGUUGAACUGCGUGAUCCCCCCGCAGCCGAGUGGUUUAGUUAUGUCACUCAUCUGGCCCAGUGACUUGGCUCCGAAGUACAUAUCACAUUGUAGAUCAGUAUGGAGGUAUGGAAAACAUAGAAUAGGCGGUAGGGCCUCAAUUUUAUCAGGUGGACGCAGUCAUCAACGUGGCGCAGGUAGUAGAUACAAACCUACACCGAAACUUCAAGAUACAUCUGAGUUUUCAACUUGUGCCUUGUGA